AUGUAUCAAUAUUAUCCAAAAGUGAUAGAAUAAGAAAAAGAUUUGCUGUGCAGAUCUCAACACUAACAACCAGUUGAAUUUGUAAUUCUCAAUUCUGAAUUAACUUAAAACCAGAGACUCUUAUGCAAGUCUUGCGAUAGAUAGAAUUAAUCUCAAGAAGAGAUUAUGGAUUAUCAGCAACUUAAAUAAAUCUUUGAUAAUUAACAUAAGGAAAAGAUUUUUCAAUAUGAAAUAAUAAUCAAACCUCACAUUUAAUGUAUUGAAAGCCUUUAAGCAAAAAUUGAAUCUUUAAAAACAAGAUUGAUUCAAUAACUUGAUAAUUUGCAUUGGUUUUGCAAAGAAUGGAUCAGUGCCUUAUAGAAUUCUGUAACUUCAUACAGCUUUUUUCAAGAAUUAGAUAAAUUAGUUUCAAAAUAAAUAUCAACAAUUGAUUCAAUACAUCUGAUUGAAGAUAUAAAGAAAAUUCACAAGGAUUGGAACCUCAAAGUCAAGAUGAAAAUGGAUAAAUUUAAGCUAUAACCUGAGUUUUUAAAAUGCUAGGAAAUCUUUUAAAAUCUUGAUCAACUAACCUAAAAUCAGGAUGAGUAAGUGAGAUGUGAAAUAAUGAUGAAAACAACAACGCCAUUCUUCUAAUCCUUUAUCACAUAUGACGGAAAUUACAAGUGGCAAAUUGGGACAUAAGAGCAAAAAGCCAUGAUUUGGGAUUAAAAAAAUUACACAUUUAUAAAAACCUUGUAUCAAAUCAGAUCUACAAAAGAAUAAGAACUAUAAUAUAUCAAGGAUGAAAAAAUACUAAGAUGGUAAUAUUAAUAUUAUAUCAACUUUAAUAGCGAAAACAUUAAAGACCUCUCAGAGAAACUUAUUGUGUUAAUUAACUUGGAGCAAGUAUAAUAUCUUGAAUGGGUGGGGCUUUAUGGUAAAAACAAUUAAAAAAUUGAUAAGUGGAAGGUGAAAUGGAAAGGCGAGAUUAUAAAGGAUGUUGGUGGAUAAUACUCUAAUGAAGGAAAAAAACAAGGUAGAUGGACAGAAUUAAUUUAGAAUUAUUGGAGGUAAAUGCAUUUUAUUAUUUUUAGUAAAGCCUAAGUAUUAGAAGUAGGAGAUUAUAUAAGUAAUUAUAGGAAAGGAAUUUGGGCAAUCAUUUAUUAACAAAAAUAAAUGUAAUUAUACACAUAUUUAGUGAAUUAGUGGUGGUGGAUUAUACAGUUAAGAAGGUAACAAACAAGGGAUAUGGACAGAGCUGAGUGAUGGGUUCUUUGAUUAUUCACAAGUAACUUAUAAAGGUGAAUAUGCAAAUGGCAAAAAGGUUGGUUAAUGGGAUAUUUUGUAUAAAAAGAAUUAUGGAGAUUAUAAAAAUGAAUAAAUGUAAAUAUCUAUUCAAAUAUUAUAGUGGAGGUGGUGAAUAUGAUUAAGAAGGAAAUAGCAUCAAAAUUGGUAAGUGGAUUGAUUUGGAUGAAGGAUUUAGAGAUUAUAAAUAAGUAACUUAUAAUGGUGAAUAUCAAUAUGGUAAAAAGAUUGGUCGANUUUGCAACUCUUUGUUCUGA